AUGUCGAUGGAGCAGCUGAUGGCGCUGGUGCCGCUCGAGGCGGCGCUCAGCCACAAAGAGAAAGGCCGGAAGUCUCGUUGGGAAAGAAAGAAAGCAGCAGAAGGCAGCCGCUGGGGCUCCGAAACGGACAAGCCGUUUUUGCCGCCGCCGUUCGUGGACCUGCCGAUCGGCAUGACGCCGCUGCAGGUGGACCGCUUUCUGCGCGAACAGCGCCUCGAAGAGCUCUCCAGAAAGCUGCAGCAAAGUCGCCUCGAACUCGGCGACGCGGACAUCCGGCCGGCCUCUCCAGCGCCCGUCUACGACAAAAACGGCGGCCGCGUCAACACCCGCGAGGCCCGCGCGAAGGCCGCCAUGCUGGCGGAGCAGCAGAGCCUGCUCGAGUUCAUGCUCGGCUCCCUCAAGGGUUUCGUCGCGCCCCCCGACUUCAGGCCCGCCAAGAAGAUACGCAGAAUCGAGUUCCCCCACGAAAAGUACCCAGACUACAACUUCAUGGGCAUUAUCAUCGGCCCCCGCGGCUGCAACCACAAGCGGCUGGAGGCGGAGAGCGGCUGCACGAUUUCGGUGCGAGGGAGAGGCACUCAGAAAGAAGGAAAGAGAGAUCACCAAACUGACGAGGAGGCCAGCAUGCCCAUGCACGUCCACAUUAUGGGAGACACAGACGAGGCGGUGGAGCGCGCCGUGGCGCUGGUGGAGCCGCUGCUGGACCCGCUCCACCCCGCCCACGAGGAGUUCAAAAGAAGAGGCCUCGAGCAGCUGGCCCUCGUCAACGGCGUGAACUACGGCGAGCUGGACCAGCGCAGAUGCGCCCUUUGCCAGGCCCUCGGCCACCUCGCUCACGAGUGUCCGGACAAUAGGGACCUGCAGCCUUUCAAGCGCCCGGAAGUCCGCUGCGCCAUUUGCGGGGACCUGGGCCACGUGACGAUGGACUGCAAAAUGCGGCGGGGCGACGGAGCAGCAGCAGCAGCAGGAACAGCAGCAGCAGCAGCAGCAAGAGGGAGGCCCCCCCCUCCCCCGCCUAUGGGCAUGCGACCGCCAAUGCGCAGCGGCGCAGACAGCUACAGAAUUGACAUGGUGAGCCGCAGCAGCAGCAGCAGCAGCAGCAGCAGCAGCAACAGUAGUAGUAGUAGCAGUGGUAGUGGUAGCAGCUGCAGCUGUGGCAGCAGCGGCAGCAGAAGUAGUAGUAGAAGUAGCAGCAGCAGAAACAGCAGCAGCAGCAACAACAGCAGCAGCAGCAGCAGCAGCAGCGAGUUGCCUUCCAUUUAUGCAAACCCCAAUAUGUAG